GCACAGUUUGGUGCAUUCAGAUGAUAAAGCUUUAUGACAUUAAUUACAAAUGGCAUAAGAAAGAAGCAAAUAUUAGUUAUAUUUAGAACCUAUAACAGAAAAUAAUUUAAGUAAAACAGUUGAUAUAAAAAGCUGUAUAUAAUUAAAAGUUGUUAGUUUCAUCGCAAUGAAUGUAAACAUGUGAUCAUUCGUUCAAAAACAAUAACACACGUGAUCCUAGAUUUUGCAGUCAUCGGGAGAACAAAUCCUUCAUGCAAACUGCACCUACUAUCAAGAAGAAGAAGAUCCUAGAUUUGGGCAUGGUAGAUGAUACAGAAAGCAGUACAAUGUCUGUCACAAAUCCUUUUACUGCGGCAGCAUUAAGACCACAAGUCAGUAGAAUAAAUAUGCCUGGAAGAUCGACCCCAGCCAGCAUACUAGCAGAUUCGUUCUUGGCUCCUGAAAACUAUCUUUACUUACCAGAUGUACCAAGAAUAACUCCGGACAAUAAUGAUGAAGGUCUCCAGACACUAGCAAUUUUAGCUAAAGAGAACCUUCAUCGUGAAUAUUUGAAAAUAAACUCAGCUCUCCAGAAAAAUGUGAAUAUAUGAAGCGAAGUUUAAAUA